AUGUCAAAAGAUAUUUUUACAACUUUAUUACCUCCCAACAAGGAUAACACUAGUUUUUUAAAUAUUUCACCUUCUCCAAUCACUCAAUCAAAGUCACUUCAUAAUUCUCCAAUUCCAAUAAUAGAUUAUCAAAAUAAAUCAUUAAAUAAUAUCACUUUACUAAAUGAUGUUCAAAAUAUGUUAACUACAAGUAUAAUGGAGGAGGUAAAUAAAAAUGAAUUAGAAAAGAAUAUUAAUAAUAAUAUUUUUGAAACAACAACAUCAUUUAAUAAUUUAACUAAUAUUGAGUUGUUUAAUAAUAUUUCAACAUCAAUGGUACCACAGAAGAUGAGUGAAAUAUUAGGCAAUAUUACUAGUAAUAAUAAUACAUUAGAUGUUAUACCAUCAUCAAAUUCUGAAAUGACAACAUUUCAUUUUAAUAUUACUCAAAAUGUCACAGAUAUCAUUGGUAAGGCGAUUGAUGAAGUCAAAGAUGAUUUUGAAAAUAUGGUUAAUAGUAGUAGUAGUAGCAAUAGUAGUGGUACAAUAAUAACAUCUAUUAUAAGUACAACUAUAAGGACAACCAGAUUAAAACAUCAUAAUAAUAUUUUUGAAAAAUAUCCGUUUCUUGUAUAUUUAAUAUUAAUCGCAAUUGUUAUUAUAUUUUUCCUAUUUCUUGGUGUUGUUAUUUCAUUUCUUAUUAGUAAUAGAAGAAGAAUUAUACGCCAAGAAAGAAGUGAUAAGGCUUUAAAUGAGUACGGGAAUCUAAAUGGAAGAAGAAGUAUUAUUAAAUAUCUUUUUAAAUGUUGUGGUAAAAGAAAGGAAGACUACGGUAAUUUGGAACGACAAAUAUCUGCUAGUAAUUUAGCUCCGUAUCGUCGGCCUCCCCUACCACCAAUAAAAAAAAGAGCUGGUGAUGAUGAAGAUGGUUUUGAGGGAAGUUAUGUUCCAGAUGGAAGGCAAAGACUUAGACCAAUACAAAUGUUAGAUCCUGCUGUCUAUGGAACAUUAGAAAAUGACAAUAGUACUAGAUCAACAAUGAAUCAAAGUUAUAAAAGUACAACCUUAACAACAAAUACAUCAACAAUAGGUACCAAUCAAGGAAAAAGAAAUUUUUAUAAAGAACGGGAAUUAUAA